UAGUCGUCUAAAACGGCUCUCGUUUCACACCCAUCAUCAGGCCUUCCUUUCUUUCCUCAUUUUCUUGAUUCCCCUCAUUUUCUUGCUUCCCCUGUCAAACUUCUCUCUCUAGUCUCUCUCUCUCUCUCUAAAGGGAAAAAAAGAAUAGAAAAGAGGCAUAAGAUCAGAGAACGAGUCCUGCCCGUGAAAGGAUCCACUCAUCAGCAGCCUCUCCCCCUUCAUGCUUUUCACAGAAAACGAUUCUCUCCGCCUUGUCAGUCCUAUAAACUGGUCGAGAGAGCGAACAACACGAAAGCCAGCAAUUCACACACACACACCGAUCAUUUCCAAUUCCACAUCGCCGAUCACUGAUCCGUCAUGGAUUCAGCAUCUGGCGCUGGAGCAUCGCCGCCCGACCCGCACGGCGUGCUAGUAGUUCCCACAACCUCGACGACUGCCGAAACCAUUCCGGGACCGUCAUCGCCACAGGAGGCGGCGGCGGCGGCGGCAUCCCCACCCAGCAGGUACGAGUCGCAGAAGCGGAGAGACUGGAACACCUUCUUGCAGUACCUCCAGAACCACAAGCCUCCGCUAACGCUGGCCCGGUGCAGCGGGGCCCAGGUGCUGGAGUUCCUCAAGUACUUGGACCAGUUCGGCAAGACCAAGGUCCACAUGAACGGCUGCCCCUUCUUCGGCAAUCCCACCCCGCCUGGCCCCUGCGCCUGCCCUCUCAAGCAGGCCUGGGGCAGCCUUGACGCGCUCAUUGGCCGCCUCCGGGCUGCCUUCGAGGAGAACGGUGGGCGGCCCGAGUUGAACCCUUUCGCCGCGAGGGCGGUCCGGAUAUACUUGAGGGAGGUCAAGGAAGGCCAGGCCAAGGCCAGAGGGAUUCCCUAUGAGAAGAAGAAGCGGAAACGGGCUGCCGUCGCCGCGGUGGCAGUGGCGAAGGUCACCGCUGGGAAUGCGCCGGUGGCCGCCGGGAGUGAUCAGUCUAAACCAACACACUUGGAUAAACGAACUGUAGCCAACCAUCGACUCCAAGAUUGCCCACCGGAUGUUAUCCUUGAUUUUAUUCUAAUUUGGUCUACCAAGAAGACGCUUCCAUCAGUCACUCCCCCCAAGCAAGACAUAAAAACAAGGAGCUUCAGUGCAGGGGACAAGCAGGAACUUCAUCUUCGUUUGUUGGAGGGUCUUCUCAAAUUUGAUAACAUCUAGGAACGUUGAAUUGCCUGUCGAAUACAAAGAGGCAGGCACAUUGGACAAUGUUUAAAUAGGAUUUUACUUUUCGCUUUUAGUUCAACCUAAUUCUGACGAGGAACACACUUUGCCUUUUUAAUUUUGGUCAAAAAUAUAUAAUUAUUUGACCCGUAAUUUCCCGUAUAACAUCUUUUGAAGUUUUUUUUCCCCUUUUUAAAAUUUAGAUAACGUUUGAUGUUUUGGUGGGAAAGAAAAACGUUAAACCAAAGCUCAACCGAAUAGGCAAGAUCUUUAAUUGAUCGGCAAGUCUGAUUAAGAAGGCUAGCUCUUGUGAAACUGAAGAAAGGAAGUGAUGGGGUUGUAUUACUACCGACUGCUAAUAGAAGGCCUGUGACUGGGAGGGGUUUAGAAUCAUGUCUCGUGAUUUAAAGAUUAGCUGUCAUCACAAUUCCGAUCAUUGAUGGCGAAAUCGUUCUAGAAGACAAUUAUCAUAUUAUGUCUUAUCAUAAACAAAGUGAGUGGGGUGGUGCCUUGAUUUCACACGGACCACUGAGCUUAGUUUAAUAUAAUUUAUGCCCCACAUUACAUGA